AUUUUCUGGGACAAGCACAAGCGAGCUCAUCAAGGGUAAGAGAAUCGAGGCACACUCUCAACAAGGCCUUGACAUCUUGAGCUUGUGAACAGCGUUGGUCGAAUACUGUACACCACUUGGAUCUACGAUGUCAAGUGACUUUCUUUGUGUAAACAGUCUGGCAAUAAGCUCACGAUAUGACAUACUACGUAGUACAAGCACUAUCGAAAUCAAGCCAGGCACGCAAUACCUUGCCUUGCCUUGCAGCCCUGCUCUUGGAGCUAUCGUGUGGUGGGGAGCUGUCAAGGGGACAAGGGGGCACCUGGUGCGCAUGCAUGCAUUCGGGCGAGUUCCAGAAUCCUCGCAGAAGCACGGCCCUUCCAUUCCUUCUCAUCAUCCAUCACAGGCGUGCCCAAGUCUGGGGUAUUGUGUGGACUGGACUGGAUUUCCCAUGUCGAACUUUACCAAGCUGGCGAGGAUACAAUGCAUUUCCCUUGCUCCCUUUCCCCACAUGCGCAUAACGGCGGUUCCCGUAUGUUUCGUAUGAGCAGUUUUGCGGCUGAUGAUAAAGCCGAGUACUGAGAUCUGGCGUCGAGAUGUAUGCACAGGAGAGGCACCGGCCCGGGUUUAAAAAUGCGGUGAUGGGAAACCAACCAGAUGCCCGGGCCGGUAGUUGAAUCUCCAGUGGACUUGAGGGUUGUUGAAUUAUAUCGUCAGAUACUUCGGUACCGUCUUUACUGAAGGUAUCAUGCCAUAAAAGCAUACUCGCCAGUAUCACCUAUACAGCACUUACACGUAACCGCACUUGAUUCAUCCCAACAGGUUCACGCGGCAAACACACAAAUCGACAAAGAUGCUAUACAAUUCUGCAGAAUGCAUACUGUUGAUGUUCUUAGUCUUCGAGUUCAAAGAUCUACCGCUCAUCCAAAACCAGCCAGCCCAGAACGCCCACGGGCAGGGUAUUAAUACAAGUAAUCCGUGUAAAACAACACAUGCCAUUCUGAUCCCCACCAGGUUUC